AUGCCUGAGAAGUCAGCUAAGAGGGUAAGAAAUCAAAUGCAGAUUCGAAUCCCUGAGAAGUCAGCUAAGAGGGUAAGAAAUCAAAUGCAGAUUCGAAUCCCUGAGAAGUCAGCUAAGAGGGUAAGAAAUCAAAUGCAGAUUCGAAUCCCUGAGGAGUCAGAUAAGAGGUGUUUGUUUUUUUUUUUCUUGCUGACAUUAUUCUUAGAGGGCAAAGGAAAAAGGAGAAAUCCUCUUCAUGAUUUCAAAAAAACAGGAGAGACGAUGCUCAUUAAAGUAAACAAAUCACUGGAAGUAAAAACCAAGCUGUUAAAUACCACGGAGCAAUGUGCCAAGAGGUGCAGCAGGAACAAAGGCCUUUCAUUCACAUGCAAGGCCUUUGCUUAUGACAGAGUUACAAAACGAUGCCAUUGGUUAUCCUUUACCAGCUUGACAAAUGGUGUGAGAAAGAAGCAAGACCAUGCGUUUGAUCUGUAUGAAAAAAAGGACUAUGUUAGGAAUUGUAUCAUCGGAAAAGGCGCGAACUACAAAGGGACGAUAUCUGUCACCAAAAGCGGGAUCCAGUGUCAGGCCUGGAAUUCCAUGAUCCCCCAUGAGCACAGCUUUUUGCCUUCGAGCUAUCGGGGUAAAGACCUGCGGGAAAACUACUGCCGAAACCCCCGAGGGGAAGAGGGAGGGCCGUGGUGUUUCACCACCAGCCCAGAGACGCGCCACGAAGUCUGCGACGUUCCCCUCUGUUCAGAAGUUGAAUGCAUGACUUGUAAUGGAGAAAGUUACAGAGGACCAAUGGACCACACAGAGUCAGGCAAGGAGUGUCAGCGCUGGGAUCUUCAGAGGCCACACAAGCACAAGUUUCGUCCGGAGAGAUAUCCUGACAAGGGCUUUGAUGAUAAUUACUGCCGCAAUCCUGAUGGCAAGCUGAGACCGUGGUGCUACACUCUUGACCCUAACACCCCCUGGGAGUUCUGUGCAAUUAAAACGUGUGAUCCGACCGUUGUGAACAGCACGGACACGGCGGCCGAGACAUUAGCAUGCAGCCAGGGCCAAGGCGAGGGCUACCGCGGCACCGUGAACACCAUAUGGAGCGGAGUCCAGUGCCAGCGGUGGGACUCCCAGUUUCCUCACCAGCACAACAUCACUCCAGAAAACUUCAAGUGCAAGGAUUUGAGGGAGAACUACUGCCGAAAUCCAGAUGGAUCUGAAUCACCCUGGUGUUUUACUACUGACCCAAACAUCCGGAUUGGUUAUUGCUCCCAGAUUCCUAAGUGCGAUGUAUCAAAUGAACAAGAUUGUUAUCGUGGCAAUGGCAAGAGUUACGUAGGGAAUUUAUCCAAGACAAGAUUUGGGCUAACUUGCUCCACGUGGGAUAAAAAUAUUGAAGACUUACGUAGGCAUAUACCAAUAUUCAGAGAACCAGAUGUUAGUAAACUGAAGAAAAACUAUUGCCGCAAUCCAGAUGAUGAUGCUCAUGGUCCCUGGUGUUACACAGAUGAUCCUCUAGUUCCCUGGGAUUACUGCCCUAUUUCUCGAUGUGAAGGUGAUACAACUCCUAUCACAACCAAUUUAGAUGAUACUGUCAUUCCUUGUGCCUCAACAAAACAGGUGAGAGUUGUAAAUGGAAACCCAACACAAACUAACAAAGGAUGGAUGGUUAGUCUGACAUACAGGAAUAAACAUAUCUGUGGAGGUUCUCUGAUAAAGGAAGACUGGAUUCUAACGGCAAGGCAGUGUUUCCCUUCUCGGUACAAAGAUUUGAAAGAUUAUGAAGCCUGGCUUGGAGUUCAUAAUAUCAAAGAAAGGGGAGAGGAGAAGCAUAAACAAGUUCUGAAUAUCUCCCAGUUGGUAUAUGGGCCUGAAGGGUCAGAUCUGGUCUUACUGAAGCUUAGCAGACCUGCCAUAUUGACAAAUUUUGUAGAUAUAAUACGACUGCCCAUUUCUGGAUGCACCAUUCCAGAGAAGACCACUUGCAGUGUUUAUGGAUGGGGAUACACUGGAUUAAUUCACUAUGAUGGCCUUCUCCGAGCAGCAAACCUGUUUAUUUUGGGAAAUGAGAAAUGCAACCAAUAUCUCAAAGGGAAGAUCACUGUGAAUGAGUCAGAAAUCUGUGCUGCAGCUGAAACCAUUGGUGCUGGACCUUGUGAGAGAGAUUAUGGUGGUCCCUUGGUUUGUGAACAAAACAGGGUGAAGAUUGUAGUGGGUGUCAUUGUUCCUGGCCGCGGAUGCGCCAUCCGAAAUCGUCCUGGAAUUUUUGUUCGGGUGGCAUUUUACUCCAAGUGGAUACGCAAGAUUCUGCUGACCUACAGAUGAGUUGCAGCUGAAUGCCCUGCACAAGUCAACAACUGCAUCCACAGAAAGAUUUUGGACCACGUGAAAUUAAUGUAUAAUGUAAAGAUCAACAAUUUUUAACUACUUGAUAGUCAAGUUUGUUGAGCUUUUAAUAUUUAUGGGUGUUUUUGGUAUUUUUUUGUCUAUCAUUAGUGUUGUUUUAUAAAUGUUGGAGUGACUUAUAGUGUAUGCAAGUAUGGUGACAUAUCUCCUGAAGAUACUUGAAUGCGUAAACAAUUUCGCAAAGAUCUUGCUGGAUGAUCAACAGUCUUAUAGAAAUAGAUCAUACGACCUCUUUUAUGCUGCUCUUCAGAUUAUCUGAGAAGGAGAAAGAAAUGACAGUUUUAUUUAACACAUCUUAUUAUUUCUAUGAGCGAUAUAUUUCUCUCCAUAUGUGGCAAAAGACCUACUGAGAGAUAUAUGUAUCAAAGGACAGCGUAUAUGAUCCUAUUUCUCUUCCUACAUUAUGAGAGGUUAAAAGUCUGAAUGUUUCAUUAAAAAAUCAUCUCUUUAGAAGUUAUCUUUUCACUGUUGACCAACAUCGAUUAGUGGAGUUCUCAUAGCUGUUAAUAUCACUUCCUUUUACAUAUGGUUUAUAGACUCUAGUUCUGUACUUGGUCCCCUCAGUGCAUACAUGGUCCCCUAAGAGAUAUCUCAAGAAACCCUCUGGAUGAGGGAAGAGAUAUAGAUGUGGAUUGGAUGGCAAAUUAUCAGUCAUUUGUUUAAAGGAAGUCCUAGAAAUAACUGUGAUUUUACAGUGCUAAGUGUAUUUCACAGGAUUUGAAAAAAUUAAUCCUGAUUAUCUACUGACAGACAUUUUUGUCAUUAAAAGAAAUUUCAAUCAAAUAUGCCUGAAUCUUUCUCAAAAAAUAAGUUUUACAAAUUCAGUUGAUUCUAAUUAAAACAGAGAAAGGGACAGCUGAAUCGGGCCCCUUGCUUAAAGGCUUAAUAGUAAGAAAAUAUAAAAUACCAUAAUUGUCUUUUCAGAGACAUUAGACCUUUAAUAAAAUCCUACAAAAGAUUUGUUGAAAAUAUAUCAUUUGUAUAAUUCCUUUCAGGAUAACAAAAUUAUUGCAGGGAUUAAUAUGAUCUUGUGUGCAACACGGAAAACGUCAGCAACGGUUUGGUAGCUUGUCUCUCCCUUCAUUAUGUAGAACCAUUAUUUUCCACCCUACUGGUGGAGAAAGGGAAUAAAUAAUCAGCAUUUAUGAAAAGUGCUUGUUCUUCUUUAGACUUUUGCUUAUAUGGGUGGAAGCAUUAUACAAUUAGCAGAAGGCAAUGUUUUAUUAUAGGUACCAUCAAUUACCCUGUAAUUUCUGGAAAAUUGAUAGCACAUAUAUCCAAUUGUUAUUUUUACUACUGUACAUGUAAUUGCAUAAGUAACUGCACUGUUACUAAAUUUGUGAGCUAUGUAAUUAUAUAUGUUUCCAGUAGCAAGUUGAAAGGUAUGUAUCAUAUCUAACUGCAUAGCCACUAAAACUGACAUCGUGGUGUAGACAUAUAAAAGAACGUUUCAUUACAUUCAGAUGACGUAGGGUUGAAUUCUGCCCUGGCAGAAAGUAACCAUGUUAGGGGAGCUGCCUUGGGAGGCAGCCCUGAUGUUGACUUACCAAAUCAUUUUCUUCAGCAGUGCACUUUGACUUCAGUGGGACUCAAAUACGCUCACAUAUCCUGGUGAACUGGGAUGAGUUUCAGCCUAUGCUUAAGUGGCUUGCUGAGAUUGAUGUCAAGCAUCCAAAAGAUUCUACUGGCACACAGAAAGAAGCAUUUCAGUAAGCAGAGCUUCUGAAAUCCCUUCUAAUGUAAAUAGACUCCUUGGACAAGAUGUGACUUUUCUGUACAGGGGAUCUGAGGUUGUGGAUGCUACAUGGAUAGUCUAUCUUGAUCUCUUCUGGUUGCCACCGAAGGCUUUCUGCUCCUUUUGGUCUCUCCUGUUCACCAGGCCAGAAGAACAGGGCAGGAUUUAGCCUGUUGUAUUUACAGUUAAUUAUUGCUGUGUAUGUAAAGAGUAUAUUCUUACUAAGUAUACACUGACUAUAUCUUAUUGAAGAGAUUGACUUUUUAAGAGAGACUUUUAAAAACUCCAAGUGAGUUUUGUUUUCAGUCACAAGUAGAAUGUGGAAAAAAUAUAUAAUUCCAUGUUCACUCUUCAUAUUCUAAGAAUUGUUAUGUGCUCUCUGUAUUAUAUUUGCAGGCAUUUUGUUAUGUCUAUCU